AUGUCCGCCCCGAAACAAAGCGCCGGGAAAGACAACAAUGCCCCCGUCCUGACAACGCCGACUCCGCGCUGCUCCAGCAAUGCCCACGGGACGUCCAAGAGCCGGCGGUCCGCUACGUCGGCGGCCAAGAAAGAGGCCGUGUCCGAACGGGCGGUCUCCAGGCAGGUGAAGAAGCCCGCCAUGUCGGCCAGCGCCGGCUCCAAGCCUGUGAUUCUGGACACGGACCAACUGGACUCCCUGCUCAAGGACCUCCCGGCGUCAGAUGCGGCCGUAGCUGAGAGCGCGUCGUCGAAUGGCAAACCCGCAGAGGACCAAGGCGAUUCGGUGGUGAAGGGCGCGCUUCGCGGGAAAGCCGUGUCCGCGUCCACGGGUCCCGUCAAGGUGGUCACCACAGAGAACCACCGCGUCGUCACUGACGAGAUCGGAUUCGAUGGCCCCCGAGAGGACACGACGACGACGUCAUUCGAAGCGCACGUGCGCAUGCGCAUGUCUCGUCCGCGGGUGCCGGAGGGCAAAGCCUUCGGCAAAGCAGCGCGGGAGGACCAGCCUAUGCACGGCCGAGGAGCGGCCACUUCCCCGGGCGACCGACGAUCAUUGUCGCGUCAUUCAGCCUCGGGUAGGACGUCGUCGCGAUCAGCAUGUCCCGACUUCGGCGGAGGCGUCGCCAAUGACCAAACCGGUGCUCGCACCACGUGCGGCUGCGACCACGGUGCCUGCUGCUGUUGCUGCUGCUGCUGCUGCGCGCGCAGCAGCAGCGAUCGAGAGACGGCGGCCUGCUGCAGCGCCAGUGGCAGCAGCACCUGCUCGUCCUGCUCGCAGGACGAAGCGUACAAGACGGACGCGUCGUCCCCGCGAGACCAGUGGUUCAGCGCCGGCAGCGCCUCCUCGACGUCGGCCUGCAGCAACUGCCGCGAGCCAGAGAUUGGCGCUCUGCUGCGCACCACCGCCUCUUUCUGCGAGACCUUGGCCCAGGCACUCAGAGUCGAGCAGCACGGAACCAGGAAGCACUGAUCGUCACCUUCCGAGAUCCGAAGAACGCCGUGCAGCCAUAGCGGGAAACGUUAGCUUCCACUGCUCCCGCACUCUCUCUGUUAAUACAAUGUCAGCCCUCCGGUGACCGUUAUUUCUGACCGUAUAUCUUCAAUAAGUUGAACACGGUCGGUCCUGGAAUAGCAGAUCCUGCAGAACAAUCUGCCCGCGGCAGUUUUGUUAUGACAGUACGAAUCGACGUUCGUAUUCAAGCUCUAUCAGUAAAUUACUCUUCUGCAAUACCAAGGAAGUCGGUCUUAUAUCUAGCCAGAAAAGACACAAGAACGAAAGACAGCUAGUUGGUGC